AUGAAGAAGACCAUUUCAGAUCCACUAGAUUCAUCCGUAGAUCACGGAUCUACGGUACCAACGCCGGAUAUAACCAAGAAAUCAGAAGAUGAUGAUUUCGUAAAGGUUGAUGAGGACGGAAAAGAGUUGUCGUUACCGAGGCGAUUAACCAAGACAUCGGCAGCCAGUCACUUGCAAGUGUCGAAUGCGAGUUCAUAUUUGGAUCUCCAAGCAGCCACUAAUGGCCAAUUGGUCGAAGAGGAGGAAAAUUUGGGCUUAGCCGCAAUGUCGUGGUCUGUUUACAAAGAAUACAUAAACGCUGCAGGAACUUAUUUAAUAUGGGCAAUGCUUUUGAUUGCAUUUGUGUUGAAUGUCUUCGCAACAAUAUUCUCAACCGCAUGGUUGUCACAGUGGAUGAAAUACGGACAUGCUGAAUUGUUGAUUAAUGAAAGUGGUGAACUAAAAGUUGUGAAGCAAAGUCUCGCAGACAGUGACUCUACGGGCUAUUAUGCGACAAUUUAUUUGCUCUCGUUGAUUCUCCUUUUCGUUUCCGGAUUCUUGAAGGCCGUAAUUUUCGUUAAGGUUUCGUUGAAUGCGGCCUCUCGGUUGCACAGUCGUAUGUUCAAGUCGAUUAUUCGAGCCACUGUGCAAUUCUUUGACGUUACACCGACUGGACGAAUUUUGAAUCGUUUCACGAAAGACAUGGAUGAAAGUUAG